UGCUGAAGAGGAAAAUUCAGAUGAAAAUAAUGAUAAAGAGGAAAAUUUAGAUGAAGACAAUGAUAAAGAGGAAAAAUCCGAUGAAGAAAAUGAUAAAAAGGAAAAAUCAGAUGAAGACAAUGCGGGGUUGACUAGCAAUAAGAUAUUUUAA